GUGCUGCUGUUUGCCCCUCCCCCUCCUCAAACUGAAGCAAGACCUGGGAGAGGGAGAAGCCACCUGCUUUCUCUGCAUUGCUGUCCAGUGGGACCUGGUGUGUAAGGAUGACUGGAAAGCCCCACUCACCACCUCCUUGUUUUUCGUGGGUGUGCUCAUGGGCUCCUUCAUUUCGGGACAGCUCUCAGACAGGUUUGGUCGGAAGAAUGUGCUGUUUUUGACCAUGGGCAUGCAGACUGGCUUCAGCUUCCUGCAGGUCUUCUCUGUGAACUUCGAGAUGUUUACUGUGCUCUUUGUCCUUGUUGGCAUGGGUCAGAUCUCCAACUACGUGGCAGCAUUUGUCCUGGGGACAGAAAUUCUUUCCAAGUCAAUUCGAAUUAUAUUCGCCACCUUAGGAGUUUGCAUAUUUUAUGCAUUGGGCUUCAUGGUACUGCCUCUAUUUGCAUACUUCAUCAGAGACUGGCGGAUGCUUCUUCUGGCGCUCACUGUGCCAGGGGUGCUGUGUGGGGCUCUUUGGUGGUUCAUCCCCGAGUCCCCCCGAUGGCUCAUCUCGCAAGGACGAAUUAAAGAGGCAGAGGUGAUCAUCCGCAAAGCCGCCAAAACCAAUGGGAUCCUUGCACCUUCCACUAUCUUUGAUCAGAGUGAGUUACAAAACCUAAAUUCCGAGAAGCCUCCGUCACACCACAUUUAUGAUCUGAUCCGAACCAGAAAUAUCAGGACCAUCACCAUCAUGUCCAUAAUCCUGUGGCUGACCAUAUCGGUGGGCUACUUCGGACUUUCUCUUGACACUCCUAACCUGCAUGGGGACGUCUACAUGAACUGCUUCCUUUUGGCGGCUGUUGAAGUCCCAGCCUAUGUGGUGGCCUGGAUCUUGCUGCGGCACUUGCCCCGGCGCUAUUCCAUUGCUGCUGCCCUCUUCCUGGGUGGCAGUGUCCUUCUCUUCAUACAGCUAGUGCCUUCAGAAUUGUUUUAUUUGUCUACUGCCCUGGUGAUGGUGGGAAAGUUUGGAAUCACCUCUGCCUACUCCAUGGUCUAUGUGUACACAGCUGAGCUGUACCCUACAGUGGUCAGAAACAUGGGUGUGGGGGUCAGCUCCACAGCAUCUCGCCUUGGCAGCAUCCUGUCUCCCUACUUUGUUUACCUUGGUGCCUAUGACCGCUUCCUGCCUUACAUCCUCAUGGGAAGCCUGACCAUCCUGACAGCUAUCCUCACCUUGUUCUUCCCAGAGAGCUUUGGUGUCCCUCUCCCAGAUACCAUUGACCAGAUGCUAAGGGUCAAAGGAAUAAAACAAUGGUAUACCCAAAGCCAGACAAGGACACUAAAAGAUGGUGAAGAAAGCCCAACAGUCCUAAAGAGCACAGCCUUGUAACACCUGCUCCAGAAGCUAAAAACCUGAACGGAAAACCUACUUGUUGUCACAAACACUGUCAAUGACCCAGGGCUUUUCUGUUCUGUUGACCUUGUGUCUAAUGUGCUCAUGGAUGGGGACAUCCAUCCUAGAGAGCCACCUUCCUCCAGGGACACCAAGGCUAACCACAGACAGCUUGCACAUCGCAUUGCAGUGGUGGACUUGGGCUUUCCAAAGAAGUUAAUGAGUUUCUCGAACCAGUUUGGACUUGGAAGACUAUGAAAACAUCUGCUAGACGUGCUAUGUUAUUUUAGAAGACCUGAGAAGGACCAGAUAGAACUGCAGGUCCGUUUUUCCCUCCUUUCCCUAACUGGAGAAUUUACAGGAAAGGGAACAGAUGUGGCUCAGUGGCAGUGUGCUUGCCUAGGAUGCACAGGGCCCUGGGUUUGAUCAAUUGUACCAGAAGGAAACAAAAAAAAAAAAAAAAUACUUUCAGAAAAGAAAUUAUUCUAUGGGGAGUUUGACUUCUCAUCUUUUCUAAAUUACAAAAAUGCUAUGAUUAAUUUAACCCACUACAGAACACAAACCUCGGGAACCCCAAAUGAAACUAAAAUGGAAGCAGGUACAUAAAGCAGGCAGUGUAUGGACUGUGAAGGCUCAGUCCCACAGCCUUCUGUGCUGUGUGUGUCUGGUCAGAGUCCUGGGCUUGUUCAGACCCUGUGAGAAAUCCACAAGGCUUGGCUUCCACUGCUGUCUCAGUCAGAAUUCUGGCUACCAGACAGAAUUAUCUGUGUCUUGAAGGAAAUGUAUGGACAAGAAAGUGUCCCUUCCCUCUCUCAACACUGUUGUGGGGGUAUGUUCUGUGUGUCAUCUCUGUGUGUCUCAAGUUAUUCGCCCUUCAUCAAAGACUUGGGAACUGUCUGUGUGUUUCCCAGCCCAGGAUCACCCUGGCUGGUGGUGCGCAGCUGCCACCAUACAAGGCCUUCCCAGCCUCACACUAGAGCUGCUCUGAGUGCCAAAAACAAAACACUAUGCUUGUUAACACUAUGUCUAAUCAUGGGGAAAUACAAGGAAGAAAUGUAAAUUGUGUUCACAGUCGCUCAGAGUUGCUGUCUGCAGUCGUGUAACAUCGGUGGGUAUUUUGUGUUCAGUGUGAUUGUCUUCUCUUCUGAUUAUGUUGCCAUGGUACUGUCAAAGCACAUACUUCACCUACUUAAAAAAACCAAAAACCUGUACUUUGUACAAGCUGUUGAAGUACCUUGGGCAAUGAGAUGGUUUUAAUAAACUAUGAUUUUUUAAUAAUAGAA